AACAUUCUCAUUAGUUUGCAUUAUUAUUUUAAUUUUUUUCUUAAGUUAAUUUGAUGAACAUGACUUGCUUCUGGUUCUGCUGCUGGCUGGAAUUUUUAUUUAUUUAAUAUUUUUGCACUGAUCACAGGCUUUCAUAUCAUUUCUCAAGGUUUUGGUUUGUUUCAUCUAUGGUUAUUGAACACAAAUAGAUUCUGUAAUUCUGAAAUCAGUAGUCACAGUAAUGAAUCAGUUCUAUCCCUUGAAUGGGCCCCGGAGCCAUUUGUUCUGGAAAAGGUGGGGCCUGAGAUCAAAAAGGUUAAAAACCCCUGACACAUCCCAUGCGUUACUCUCUUUUACAAUCAUUUUCCUAUUGAAUUGUGUAAAAAUCCAAGGACCUCCCGUCCUGAUGAAUGGAGAAAUGUAAUGUGGUAUGGGCAGUGCAAGCCAAGUGCUUUUGAGCGACAUCAAGGGGCCGUGCCGCCAUGUGUGGAACCAAGACACACACCUGUGUGUGAUCACUGGCACCGGCGCUAAAGAGAGUGGGAGGAUAAAGACAGUGAGAAGCCAAGAGUGACACCUGUUCCCUGCAGGAUGGAGGUGGAAUUCUCCAGCAGUUUCAGGGUCGAGAGACAGCCUGGAUUUGGCCUCAGUCUGGAGCAUGGAAGGGUGUCAUAGUGAUAGAUGGUUGCUUCGGUGUCAGCUGAAACAAGCAGCACCAGACUGAUCGACUGGUUACAAUGUUCCGACACCUGAUCCUCAUCUGCCAAAAACACCAACAAACACCCAGUGGGACAGAUAAGUGAAAUAUCCAUACUCAGGUUUGGUUUCAGACGUUGCAUGAGACAGUAUGCACAAGUUUUAUUUUCCAUUGACGUUACCAGGAAAAGCUACACACCUUGAGAAAACUUUGUUUUAUUUACAUUUUUGUGUAAAUAUUACACCCUAAAUAUCAGCAGUGUGUUGCAACAGAUGGAUACUGCUGUUUUUUUGACAGUAAAUUAGUGAUGGACUGCUGAGGCUUCAUGAAAUGGUUAUUAUAUAUGACAUUAUUUUCAGAGCACAAUGGAUGGCGCUCUUGGUUUAAAAAUGAUUAAUAGUAAUGGUUAGUUAAAUCGAAAGAUUUUAGAGCAGAGAGUGACUUUUAGUGGGUUCUGAAAAUAAGGACACUCUUUCAUGAAGCCUCAUCAGCAAGUCGCCACAGUAAAUGGAUCAAAGUGAACAUGGCCAGUAGCCUUGCCUCAAGAAAAUAAUUUAAAGAACACCGACGCAUUUUCCGUCCCUACCGUUUGUCAGAUUCAGAUCAUGGCGACCUCUGGUGGCGAACACCCUUUUACUUUGCAUCCAAAAAAGUCACAUCAACAUGAAUUACUCAAACAGGACAUUUUUCUGUUUUACUGUAGCUGCAUUUAUGAGGUGAGUCUUCAAAAAACUAGUUGAAAGACAUGUUAAAAACUACAAACCAAUAAGGUACAUGGAAUAUGAACACCUUAUGACCAUAUUUUUAUUAUGCCAGCAAAGCUUGAACGCUAUUGCACAUUGAAUUUCUUUGUAUAGAUUUAAAAAAUAAUAAUUUGGUUUGAUAGAGCAGCACGCGUCACAUUUGUCAGAGUGCAACUGGCAUGUUCAGAGGAUUUCAGUACAGACCGCUAGCACAUUCCAAAUCCCCCCAAUUCUCCUUUGUGCCUCGUCAAUAUUAUUGAUCAUUGCGUGGCAGAUGGGGAGAUGGCAAUGAGGCUGUCAGCAAAUUGCCAGUGAAAAAUCCAUAAUCUGUGCCAGAAAAUAUGAUUUUCUUGAUGUGCGUGGCCUGGAAGAAGGUGACUAGCAUCCGGGCGGGCUGAAAGAGUCACAUCUGAGAGACUGGCGAUGCGAUGCCUCACCAGGCUGGAGUCAGUGUUACACGUGACUUCUGAUUCAGCGGAUCAGACAAGGCGACACUGGAAGCAGUGGCUGGUUGAAAAGACAUAUUGAAUGUUGAGGCGGGCCAUUUUCACACAGCCAGAUAUGUGUUGGAGCAACGAUGGGAGUGGAACCAGCCCGCUGAAUCUGCUUUUCAAUUUCUGAGCUUUCAGACCUGAGACAGGGAGCAGAUGAGGAGAAUGGUUUAGACUGCGAUUGGGGUAAAAAAGAAAGAAAGCACCAUCUUGCCGAGGUGUGAUGGCUGCGCCACGUUCCACUGCUCACUGUUAAACUCAAUCAAAAGGCCCUGCAAAGACAAAUCUGCCUGAUGAUGAUGUCAUCGUCUGUUGGAUUUCACCAGGGGAGAAGCAACAGAGUGUGAUGUGUGUGACCGGGAUCGGUUCCGAUCAACCGGUCCUAUGUCAGAUUGGACGUAUUUCAAAAUGGCCAACGCAAGGUUUACAGGUACUACUGUAGUGGUAGAUGGCUGUGUGAAAGUGAGAUGCUGGGAUACUGUGCUGCUGUAACUGUCGUACACGUUGCCAGACAUUGAAUUAAAAAAAAAAAAUCUGCUGGCCGUGGUCGUAAGUACAGGUGGAUGCAAGUCGAGCAGGUCGUAAGUCGGACGUUACGUGUACAUGGUAUGCAGCCGGGUGAGUUUGAAGAGGCACGUUCAGUUCACAGAAAUAAUAUGGGCCUUUGGACAACACUUCUGUGGUGGAAUAUCAUAAUUAAUAAAUAACAACUCAAGGAAGUUCACACAAAACAAUCACGAAUAAGACAGGAAGCCAUUUACUUUAUUACACUUACCAGGGAUUGAUAGUCCAGUGUUUGUCUGGGUACUAUUUGAAAGCAAACUAUUGCUAUGUCGUCUGUCUCCUCACUAGAAUUACUGCAGCCAUGUGUGCAUAAUAAGGUUUGUACGUGCUUACAUUAAAAACUGUCAUGUCUGCACUUUAUUGUCUGAUCCUUUUUUUAUUUUUCGCUCGUGCUUUUAUUUUGUUACCUCCGGUUGCCUUUGUUUCCUGUUCCUGCUUUGUCUCCAGCUUCACUGGCAACACAGCUGGCAUUAAUCUCCUCAUCAGUCCUCACUCCUUGGAUAUAAAAACCUGUGAACGACAGCCCUGUUUGCCAGAUUGUUGCUUCUCGCUUCACCAAGGAAUCUCUGUCAGCAUUUCGACCUUCAGCCUCGUGGCCAUUGCCAUUGAACGCUACAACGCCAUCUGCAACCCUCUAAAGUCUCGAUCGUGGCAAACCAAAUCCCAUGCUUAUAAAGUCAUCUCGGCCACCUGGGUGGUGUCGCUGCUCCUCAUGAUCCCCUACCCGGUGUUCAGCGUCAUCCGAGUCUUUCCAAAAGGCAACGGCACCGUGGGUCACAUGUGUCGCCUGGCCUGGCCGAGUCCUCAGUCUGAGCAGAGCUGGUAUGUUCUGCUGCUGCUCAUUCUCUUCUUCAUCCCGGGGGUGGUGAUGAUGGUUGCCUACGGCAUGAUAUCCAGAGAGCUCUACAGAGGCAUGCAGUUUGAAGCGGGCCAGAGCAAUGAAGCCGCUGGCCAGAAGAAUGGUCUCAAGAGCCGGAGCGCCCCCAACAACGAUGAUGAUGACGGUUGCUACGUCCAAGUGUCGAAAAAGCCAGGCACCUCGGUGGAGAUGCCGACUCUGGCUUCAUCUGGCCAGGCCCAGCCCAAGACCGACUCUCGCAGCAACACCUCCGAAGCAAAGAUGCAAGCCAAGCGGCGAGUCAUUCGCAUGCUGAUGGUGAUCGUGGCGCUCUUCUUCAUCUGCUGGCUGCCGCUGUACUUCGCCAACACCUGGAAGGCCUUCGACUUGAGGACAGCCGCCAGAGCCCUGUCUGGUGCGCCCAUCUCCUUCAUCCACCUGCUGUCCUACACCUCCGCCUGCGUCAACCCCAUCAUCUACUGCUUCAUGAACACGCGGUUCCGCAAAGCUCUGCUGGCCACCUUCGCCUGCUGUUACCGCAACCGCUUCUGCCGCCAGUGUUGGUGGUGCAAGAAGAAGGAGGCGCUGGGAGACGACGGCCUCACCGCUACCACCAUGGGCACCACGAUGGUCACAUCCGUGACCAAGACCGGCUACACUUCCGUCAACACUAACGCCAACUGUUGAGGAAAGAAAACAGCCAGUUGUUGUUUUCUCCCGUGAGGCAAGAAGCCCAUCAAUCAUAGGACUGGUUCCUGAAGGUUCAAAUUGCAUGGUUCCAGAAAGCUCUCCAGGAGGCUGUCAAUCACACCGUUGACAUCCGUUUUCUCCAGACUCUCCAAUUGUUGCAUCCUGACACGAACAUCAAGUGCCUGUACUCUCUGUGUGGCUUUGUUUGUCCUCAUCCUUUGGCCAAGAUGUGUUUAUAUGUAAAUACUGUCGUGAUGUUCUUACUUUGCCAAAGGAGGUUCGGUGUGCAUACAUGUAUGUUUAACCUCAUUCAUUCAAGACACUUUUUUUUAAGUUGACAUAAGCUAGAACGGAAGUGACCAUCAUAUUCAUGCUGAAAAUAUCUAGCUGUUAAUUUUGACUGGGCUUUUCUUGGCGCGUAAUUUGGAUAGGAUUGGGCCAAACCUUCUUCAUGCUCUGGCCUGCUGCCAUACAAUCAGAUUGUAAUGUAUUUAGGGUUUCGGUAAGAAGAAUGUGAUGACAAUAGUUAGCUGAAGGAUGUAACUAGCGACGGGCGGAUGAGGCUUCAUGAAAGAGUGCUUAUUUUCAGAGGCCACCAGAUGGCGCUCUUGGUAUAAAAAUGAUGUGAGGUUUCAUUUAAACGGUUGUUUAAAUCCAAAGAUUUUGAAGCAGAGCCCUGAUCUCUGAAAAUACAGUCAGGACGCUGUUUCAUGAAGCCCCAGCUGCUCAUCACUAGAUGUAACGGUUGUCGAUGUUAUUACCAGAUUUUGGGGUUGUGGUCUUAUAUGAAGUGAAAAGUGCCGGUCGUGCGACAUUGUUUGUCUGUUCUUUUGUUAAUGGUGAUGGUCUGGAAGAGGACAUGUCUGUGGAGGGUGUAACCAGUCACUUCCCAAUGUGUGCCCGACUUCUGUGGUUGCUCAUUCACUUCCUGUGCCAAUUCACGUUUCGCUUGGUGUUUACGUCUCUCAGAAUGGAAACGGAGCAAUACUCUGGCAAUCUCGCUCUUUGAUGGUGUGGCGCGCUGGUGUGUCUUCAGCACUAAUGCGAGCAUUAGGAUGGCAGAGCCAAUGACUGGAAGGAUGAAAGGACAGGCAUGUUGCUCCGCUCUUCCUCUGCCUGUCAAACUUACAUUUUCAGCUCAAUUAUCUCCUUGUGGUCCUUUGUGUUCCCUCGCUGCCGCAGUGCAGCCAAUUACACUAAGUAUGACCUGAACCCCGCAGAAAGCCGUGGCUUCUUGGCUUGGACUUAACAAGGUGUUCCUGAGGACCAGGAUAUGCACUGAUGACAAAUUGCUCAUCAAACAUGCUUGACCAACAACAAACCAGAGCCGUGUCACGUCUGCUGCGCAGCGCUGCGCUGCAAUGUGAGACUCAUUGGCAGCAGUGUUUCCCCAAUAAAAAAAGAUUUCAGAUUAAUGAUGCUAAAAGAAUAAGUAAACCAUGGACUGAGACUCCUUUUGAACGAUGGCUGAGCAGAAGCAGGCGUUUUUCAAAACCCUCCAGUGUGAGAACUUAACACACCAUGGAAAUGUGCAAAUGAAGUUGUUCCCCUUGGAGCAGUGCUGCCCUCUUGGUAAUUCAAACUCCAAAACAACGUGACUUGAAUGUUUCUUUGAAUAUGAAUUUAAGCGCUGCAACUCUUCCAGUCUGAGCUGCGAGGCAUCGCCAGUCCAAUUUACACAUUGAGAUCAUUAAAAGAAUUUAGUGGAGGGUAAUAGCACAGCCCAUUAACAAGCGCUGUGUGUGGUGCAUGGUUUUGCCUGCAUUGACACUAUUGUUGUAUCAAGCUGGCCAAAAAUGUUGUGGUGAAACGCAGGAGUUACAUGGAGCAUAGCGGAGGUUUCCUGGAGUCCAAGCAGCCAAUGAAAAAUAUAUAGUUUGUUUACCGUACCACUUAUGAGAAAAGACACCCAAAGUUAACUUUGCAUAUUGGUAGAUGAAAGUCAUGCAUCUACCACACAAACAUUGUUUGUAUUGUUAACCAGGACCCCACUGAAAUUCAAUUAUAAUAACCCUGUUAUUUUGAAGCUUUAAAACCUUGUGUUUCCAAGAAUUGGAGUAUAGCUAAACAACACACACACACCGUGGAUCUGUAUGCUGAAACUGUGAAAUCAAUGGGAAGACAUUUUGCGGCAGCCUUAUUUUCUACCUCAUUUGACAGGAGAUUGUGUAUUUUUCAUAAACAUUAGAACUUAAUGAUAACCACAUUAUUUAUUUUUCGUUCUCCUAGUUCGGUGUAUCAACAGUACCUUAUUGCGUUACAUUCUAACACUGGUGUCUCUGCCUUCAAGACAGCAGUGAAAUCCACAACUUUGCAGGGAUGAGCCUCUUGAAACAGCAAAUUGCAGUCAUGAUAGCUGAAAUGACAUGUUGUUUUAAACAGAAAUCCAAGCCAAACUAGGACUCAGGACUUCCUUCUGACAUUGAGCAGCACCGCUAGUCGACCUGGGUGAAUCUACUUUGCUGUGGUGUAAAAUGACUUUGGCCAUUUGAAGGUAGAAGGAAUGAAGCUGGUUUGUCGGCAGUCCUUGCCUUUGCUCACUUGUUUUCCUGUUGCUGAAGUCAAAACGUUAUGGUUAAGCCCUGAGUGUGUGUUCAGGUAAAUCAGGAGCACUGAUCUGUGUCAUGUGACUCGCCUGCUGUCAGACACUCCGACCCACUCGGGGAUACAAGUGGACAUAAUGACUUCCAGUAGCAGCGAGGCGACCUUGUCACCAGUGGCACCCAGCACACAGACGAUUCACAUGUCGGCGCGGCCAUCUGCUCCGCCAGUCACCACCAGUAUUGUUAGCUGCAUCAGACUCUUGCAACAUUCCUCCAGGGUUGGACCUCCCUGCCUCACAGUCUCAACAACUCCAGAGCUCACCUCUACACUUGUGGUGGGUCACUAAACCCAGCACUGCAAAGAAGGGCUCACCUAAAAAAAACAAGAUAAAACACUCAUUUGGAGUAAAUACAUACUUGAAACAAAUGAAAUCAUCUGCCCGUAGAUCAUUUCACUUGAGAUGAUUUCUUGAAUUAAGAUUGACAUAUCUAGAAAUGGGAUUUAUGCAGGGGGCUGUAAAAUGAGUGGGGGAAAAAAAGCAGUUUUUAGUUGAUAUUACUAAAAAUGUUAUUUUUGACAAGUAUAAUACCCUAUUUUUAAGCAUAAAAUAGCUGCAAAAUAUCUGGUUUUAAGAAGAUUUUUCUAAGAUUAUAGCUUUUAACAGCCCAAACUAGGUGAAAUAAAUGAUGAGCUGUAGCGCAACGGGCUUGAAAUUAGAGUAAUAAUCAACCCUUUUGAAUGAAGCAACUUGAGUUUGUUCCUAAAUCUGAGAACAAGAUUUAUUUUGAUGAGGCAUGGGCAGAGAUGGAAAACAUCAUAGUUGUACUGUUACUGUCCUUGUUUUUGGAGCUGUUAUGUGUGGUGACAUGCAUGAUGAAAGCUCAGAGCCAAUGCAAACACCAAAACACAACAACAUUAACUCACCACACAUCUGCCAAGGCCGCCACUUGUUCACGCGCUCUAACAUGAUAUUACGCUGCAACAUAACAUAAUAUCAACCACAAUGGAAAUUCGCCGCAAAAAAGACAAUUCAUGGUAACCUGGAAGGAUGGAAAAUAUAUGCAAGUCCCUAUCCUAUGGGGUCGACUACACGCUAAUACUUUUCAAACAGUACAUUUCUAAAAACCAGAACGCGACUUGAAACAUUUAAACUUACUUUUACGAAAUCUUUCGCCACUUUCUCCCUCAGUCAUUUGGUCCUUGGCUGCCGCAGUCCCGGCACUGGCCCGCGAGCUUCUGUUGUGGUUUACGUAGUAAUGUUGCCAUUUAUUGUCAUUGUGUUUUGGUGUUUGCCUUUGCUAUGACUUUCCCAGCCACCAUUGCAGAGUUAUGGACCAAAAAACAAAGGAAAAGUUUAAUUUAACUGAACAGUCGAACACCAGAAAUAAGAAGUUUGUGCUCAAAACAAGAUAAAUUAUCUAGCAGUGAAGGGCAGGAGCUGGAGACACAGCGACUGACACAGACGGUGUUCCACUUCCUGUUCAAAUCCAAGAUGAGUUAGUGACAUGAAAUCCUCACUCUGGCGUGGGAACACAUCAAGAUUCCUGUAUCCGUAAUUGGAAGUGAAGCUACUGCAGGUCAAUACAUUCUGACUUGCUGAAGGGAUUCAAAUGAAUUUGUGGAUGAAAAAACAGUGAGGCGAUUGAUCCAACGCGCCAAAUAUGUGUCAGGUGUGUUUUUGCUGUAAAUAUUUCACCAUGAAACAGCAGCACCACACAUGUUGUGGCUCUCCAGCUGACUUUGUCCCUCUCUCUCCCGCUCGCCCAUCGACUCCCACUUCCUGCCGCCCACCCGUCAGCCCUCGGCAGCGCUCAACUGUUUGAAUAACGCUUUCUGCCAUGUCAAGCAAAAGCUCACUGAAUGUUUUUUUGGAUGUGCACUUCAUAAUUUGGUGUGAAAUGAAGCUCAAAUAGAGCAGGACUUAAACAAAUGCCUUCAUUUUCCUCUUGCCACUGAACAGCAGGUGUUUCAUUUGGCUGGGAAGUAGGGAACCUUUGAGGGUCAGGUUAAUUGUGAGUGCUCUCACCCUCAUAUGCGCCUCUGCCAGACCAUUUCAUUUGGAUUACUAUGUGUCUGUUUUAUGAAGAGCAUCAGCCAUGAAAGUUUCAGGAGCAAGGUCUGAAUCUAUGGCUGUUCUCAGUUAGAGUCAUUCUCAGAGCCUCUGGACGUGUCCUACAGCUGUGGGGCAUCAAGACAUUCCACUCGUGACUUGUGAAAUUCCAGAGGAACAGACCCUACUUUCACCUGUCAAUACACCAGUUUUUGUGUCUACGUUUAUAUGCCAAAUUGCUCUUGACCCAGAGUUCAAAAGCACCAGCUGACAGGGGAAUGUGAAGCCUUUCCUUCACCUGAACAACCAGAAAAGUCAAGCACAUGGAAGACACUGAAGGGUGGACUUGGUCAAACAUGGCUGUAAGAGGGAUCUUGCUGCGUGAGCGUGGAGAUGACAAGUUUUUGUUGUGGUUUGACAGCCAUUAAAAUGAAAACCUUGGGGUCAAAUGGAAAUAUACAUUUAAGAAUGGUAUUGGACUGUACUAUGGAGACAUAUAUUGCUUGGAUGUAUACGUUACAUGGUGGAAGUUUAUUUGCAAAAUGAUGAAAUAAAGUCAUUAUGCAUCGAUGUUUUUCCUUUUUAGGACAUUAAGUUAAUCUCUUAAAGUUGCUCAACAAACCGUCACAUAGAACAGUUUCGGGUUUACAGUAUUGGCAAAUGGUGCAUUAAGAUUUAUUGUAAUAUAUAUGUUAUUUAUGUAGCUAAUAUAAUGUUCGCUGUACAGUUCAUAUAUUAGGGGAUUAUUUUCUCUAGUUCAUUUAUCUCUGCUCUUUCACUGGCAUCACUCCGUUGCUGAAAACUCUCUUAAUGAAGGACAGAAAGUACAUGUUCAGAAAUUCUCACCUGAGGAAUGUAAUUCUGCGACAUGAUGGAUAAACUGCUCCCAUCUUUUGGCAUCAUCAUACGCGGAGGUGAAGCGCCGUCGUCUCUAUUUUUAGAACCUGGUUUGGAACUGCCGUAGCUCCGUAGCAAACCAUCAGUUUUGCAGCUACAUGCAUUGCCAUCAUCACUGUCCCUCCACUUACAGGACGUUCAUUUCUUUCUUUUCUACCUCGUGUCAAAUGUUUCUGAUCUGGUGUUUCAAUGCGGAAGGCAGGGUGCAACUUGAUAGCAAUAUAUAGCUCCUGAGAAAUGAAAUGUAUGUGGCAGCAAUGGCCCUCCGUUGACAGACACAUCCUGUAUUUGGAGCAGGACUUAAUCUUGACAGCUUCCUGACAGUCCUGGUGCUGAGAGGCGUGAUGAUGAAGACUGUUUGACAUUUCUGCCCUGACCAGACCAGAAGGAUCGCAGUGACCCCAGACAGAAGUCAGGCUGAACUGCACUUGUACCAUCACACUGCAGCAAGCACUUUAUUCCAUGUAGCAAGGGGCUGUGAAUCCAGCAGGUGAAACAGGGCAAUAUCAAGUGUCACUUUACAAGAAAGUGACGGCGGCUUCACACUACAAGGCAGAAAGUAUCGGCUUCUAAAGCUUAAACGUGUCAUAGUCAGACAGUGGUGAGCGCGUCGGAGCUUGUUUGUUCAUUAGUUAUGUCAACACACUGGAAGAUAUGGGAGAGUAAUAUGCAUGUCCCCGCUGGAGAUCUUUUUUAAACUCGCCACUCUUCGGCGGAAUGAUUUAUAUUUAAGUUUGAUACGUGCCUGAGGCAGUAACAUUUUGUUUUGGCCGACAGAUUACACGUUGGUGAGUAAACAAAAUUAAUGUGAGCUGUCAAGGAAAAGUUUCAUUGCCUGUUUUGUGUGUUAAAAAAAGGGAGACUAUUCAUACCUGUGUUAUUAAUGUGACGCAAGAAGAAUCUUUCACCGAAUUAAUGCUGGGAAAAGAUGGAAAUGAAGUGGUCCAUCCUGGUGAAGUUGUUUGUGCUUUUGUGUCUUAUGGUCUUUGCACGUCUGGGACGAUGAACGUGAACGUGAUAGAAAUGAAAAACUGCUCACGCUGAGAUUAAGAUUGUCAACUUCAGUCUUUGUGGCUGAGUUCUGAUAGGGGCGUUACACCUCCUCCCCAAAAUCACAACCUUGACAUGGAUUUUUUUUUCGCUCUAGCGACAUAUAUUUCACAUUCCUAUAGAACCAUUUAUGGUCAAACAAAAAUGUAAGCGCCGCUCUCAACAGCACACCCCGACACUGUCGCCAAUAAACAUCAUAUCAUGUGACACAAAGAAAAUGGCUCUAAAUAAACAAAGUAUGUGCCAAAAAAUAGUCCUCUGUUUGUUUUGGGCUCAACAAACAAAGUCCCUGACGUGCAAAGACCUGUACUGUACAUGUUUACCAAAGCAGCCUCUGCUAACUUUUGUAAAGAAUAUCGCCAAUUCUGGUGCCUGCUUGUAUGACGUUGUUAUACCAGUUGGUAUUGGGGGAAAAAAAGCGUCAGAAAAAGAACCUGUCAAUCUGAGGUUUUAAAUGUUUGAUGUUUGUGCCGUUUUGCAUUACGUGUACUAUGCUGUCUUGGUUUUACGUUUGUUUACUGGUUAUUGGCUUCACAGUGUUUUGCCUUGACUCCAUUAUUUGUCAAUAAUAA